UUCCUCCUUUGGCACUCACCGUCACUGGCACACCCUUCUACUCUUGAAAAUAAAAAAGUAUUUUUCAAGGAAAGACACAAAUCUUUUUUUUCAUUUGAGGCUUUGAGCCAGCACCAAGAAAUUAAACUCAACUAGUGUGGGAUCCGGUUCAUAGUGCAAUUUGUUUUCAAACAAUCCCUUCUGAGAUCUGCGUCUGAUCUAUAGAAUUUCGCCAAGUUCCUUCUUUGGAAAUUGAAUAUCACAGUGCUAACUUCCCCUUUUUGCUAGCUCGUAUCUCGCAAUUCAUCAUAUUCUUGGAUUCAGUUUUGCCAAAUCUAGCAACAAUGUCAUCAGCGUCUUUACAUCAAAGACCUCUUCACAAUCCUCUCACAGACCCAAAUCCAUUAUCCCCACCAUCUUCUCAAACUUCCCAAAAAUCCACUUCAUUUCUUCAAAGUCGCACAACCCUUUUGCUCCUUCUUUCUCUUUUGGUAAUUCUCGGAGUUUUCUAUCCAUAUAUUCAGUUUCCUCAAAAUGGGUUUCUGUCCUACACUUCAAAUCCUAGUCCUUUUGAAUCCAAGUGGCGUGACUAUUCCUUGUCUAAAGCUGCAGCCUUUGUGGCCAAGAAUAAUACCCUUAUAGUCUGUAUUGUCAGUGAAGCUUACUUACCCUUCUUGAAUAACUGGUUGAUUAGUAUUGUGAGGCAGAAACAUCAUGACAAAGUGCUUGUCAUUGCUGAGGACUAUGCUACUUUGUUUAAGGUUAAUGAAAGGUGGCCUGGUCAUGCUGUGAUCAUUCCUCCUGUUUUGGAAUCCCAGGCUGCUCAUAAGUUUGGAUCUCAGGGAUUCUUCAAUUUUACGUCCAGAAGGCCUCGGCAUCUUCUGCAAAUUUUGGAGCUUGGUUAUAAUGUCAUGUACAAUGAUGUUGAUAUGGUUUGGUUAGGGGAUCCAUUUCCAUAUUUGGAAGGAAAGCAUGAUAUAUACUUCAUGGAUGACAUGGCUGCGGUAAAACCUCUGAAUCACUCUCAUGGUCUGCCACCUCCAGGGAAGAAGGGCCGGCCUUACAUCUGUAGCUGCAUGAUCUAUGCGCGACCCACCGAUGGAGCAAAACUCAUUAUGAAAAAGUGGAUUGAGGAAAUGCAGAUUCAACCAUGGUCCAGAGCAAAGAAAUCUAAUGACCAGCCUGCUUUCAACUGGGCAUUGAAUAAAACUGUUGAACAGGUCGACAUGUAUCUGCUUCCGCAGUCAGGAUUCCCAACAGGUGGUCUAUACUUUAGAAACAAGACUUGGGUGAAGGAAACCAAGGGAAUGCAUGUUAUUAUUCAUAAUAACUAUAUUGUUGGUUUUGAGAAGAAGACAAAACGUUUCCGUGAUUAUGGUCUCUGGUUGGUGGAUGAUUUUAGUUCUGAAUCCCCGCUUGGCAGAUUAGACUAGAUAGGAAGAUAGUAAAAGAACUCAUGAUAUCCUUUUGGCAAACCAGCAGAGCAGUAAUUCGAACAGCAGCAGGCCAAAUUUCUCUCUUCCUCUAAAGGCUUUGGAAGUUUUAGCAGCUGGUGCACAUGCAUUACCAAUAUCUCAAUCAUUUCAUUGAGUUGAUAUUCUGGGUUGCUAAGCGAAGCACGCCAGAAUGUUCCUUCCUAAAUGCAUAGAUUUUGUAAUUCCAUCUUAGAUUUAUUGAGAACUCUGCUAUUGUUUAUCUAAUGUCUAGUUUGUUCUCAUGUAAAAUGAGUCUGUAUUAGGGACUCCAAAAAUUGCCCUAUUCCUCCCCUUUUUAUACUCCAAUAUUGAUUUGUAUCUAUUCAGUGUACAAGACACGGUAACUUUAUGAAAUACUGAAUGAAAUGUUUUGUAAUAUUUGCUUCAGA